UAGCAAUUAUUUUAUAUGUUAUUUAUGAAAAGCGAUUUUAAAGGUCUUUAUUUAAGGGCCUGUACAUCCGAAAGAAUAAUCAUCGGAAAAAACCUUAUGCAAACUUGUCAUACUAUUUUUUCUCUCUGUUCUUUGCGAUUAAGGAAUAUUUUCGGCCUAUUUUGGUACACCCUCUAUAGAAUAUUCGCAAGUUACUUUGAUCUGGAUAAUAAUGGCAACGGUUUUAAUUGGAGAAAUAAUGGGUAAUAAAAUAUAUUUUGUUGUAGCUGAGGUCGGUUGUUUUAAAGUUUCGAAAAUUGUUAAACUUUAGUAAAGCUUUUAUCAACUCUUUCUCAUUCAGAGCAUUAUUUUAUGGUGAUUUUUACAAAUUGAAAUAAUUGAAAAAUCAAUAGAACGGCUCUGGCCACAUAUUUAAACCGGUUUGUUUAUACCAAAAAAUUCCUGAUAGUACCUGUGACGUGCGUGCGAAAGACCUUCAAAAAUGCGCGAUAAAAUCAUCUAAAAAACUAACAAACCGGAUAUUUACACAUGCCGGACGUUUAGUGUUUUUAGCUCGUAAUGUAGCAAAAAAUUCAGAAAACAUGUGCUUUUGCUGGUGUUGCAUGAUUCUAUCAUAGAAAAUACCCGUUUAAAAUGUCGAAUAGGGAAACUCAAACAUUUCGUUUGACGAAAAUGGCAAAAAACUAUGAGAAAACGGGGUAGUCGGUCUAAUUUAAUUAAGUUGUCCGUUCGGCCGUUUCGUGUUUUAAAUCCGAAGUGUAUUGUGUCUCUGAAGUGAAAUAAACGCUUUUAUGGUAGCUGGCUAGCUGUUGCUGUUGGAGCACUGGAUGAAUCCUUUUUGUACCGAAUUUCCAGGCUUCAACAUGGUAAAUAAGACUAAGAGCGGGGCAAAGUAAAAUGGUUACACUUGCUCUUUGCAGUUUGCUCUCCGCUUCCAAUGCAGGCCACUUGCAAAAGCGUGACGCUCCACUAGGUGGGGGAUACUCAUCUGGAAGACCUGGAGGUAGCUACUUACCUCCAUCCAAUGGCGGAGGAUUUGGAGGUGGUGCUCCCUCUUCAAGCUAUGGAGCACCAUCUGUGCCAUCUUCAUCUUACGGAGCUCCUUCCUCGCCUUCCUCCAGCUACGGCGCACCUUCGUCAGGUGGAAGCGGCGGUGGCUUUGGAGGCGGUUUUGGAGGAGGAUUCGGAGGUGGAGCCCCAUCAAGCAGUUACGGAGCUCCAGCUGCUCCAAGCUCCAGCUACGGAGCUCCUUCCUCAGGAAGCAGCUUUGGAGGAUCAGGAGGAUUCGGCGGCAGUAGCGGAGGCUUCAGCGCCCCGUCUUCCAGCUAUGGUGCACCAGCUGCUCCUUCUUCCAGUUAUGGCGCUCCUUCCUCUGGAUUUGGAGGAAAUGGCAAAAUCCGAGGAAAUGGUAACGGCCGCGGAAAUGGAAACGGACAUGGAAAUGGAGGCAGCAGUUUGAGCCAAUACUUGCCUCCUUCAACCAGCUAUGGAACACCAGUAGGACCUUCCAGGCCAUCAUCAAACUAUGGCGCUCCAUCUAAACCAUCCAGCUCCUACGGGGCUCCCUCUAAACCAUCCAGUUCUUACGGCGCUCCAUCCAAACCAAGCUCUUCCUACGGCGCCCCAUCUUCCGGUAGCAGUUUUGGAUCCGGCAGCUUUAGCUCGGGAAGCUUUGGCGGUUCUUUCGGAGGCGGUGCCCCUUCAAGCAGCUACGGAGCUCCAUCUGCCCCAUCUUCCAGCUACGGAGCACCAUCCGCUCCUUCGUCCAGCUAUGGAGCUCCUUCAUCUGGCGGUAGCUUCGGUGGAUCGUUUGGCGGUAGCGCACCAAGCUCAAGCUACGGAGCACCAUCUGCGCCCUCAUCCAGCUACGGAGCGCCAUCAUCCGGAGGUAGCUUUGGAGGAUCAGGUGGAUAUAGCUCAGGUGGAUCAGGAGGAUACAGCUCCGUUGGUGGAUCAGGCGGAUACAGUUCUGGUGGAUUUGGAGGAAAUGGGGGAGGUUACAGCUCCGGAGGUAACGGAGGUGGACAGAGCUAUGACAACAAUGGCGGCUACGUAUAUUGAUUGGGACGGUGGAAAAAUUAAUGAUCGACAUGUAAAUAAAGCUUAGGAUAUUUAUUAUGUAGAUCGUGCCUUCAGUAUUAAUACAUUAAAUUUUAAAAGUUUUGAUAAAUUUUAAUGGUCGGUAUCGUUGCUCUGAAUAUAGCCAGUAUUUAGCUUUAGCUAGAGCGGAAAGUUUAUCGUGGAUUUAACAUUAAUAAAACUAAAGCAAUUUGUUUUAAAUAAAUGAAUAUUCCACUAAA